AUACAUUGAGGGAGAAAGGCAGCGGGAGACGGCCGCCGAGAUUCCCCCAUCUCUUUGAAUAUAAUUUUAGAUUGAGAUUCAGAUUAAAUCCGAGGGGAAAACACUUUAUGAGGCUGAAAGCUGUGUCGUUGCCAGAGCCAGGGUUAUGAGCUAUCAAACGCAAUUACAUUAAGACAGAUUAUACUGGGCAAAUUGAGCCAUUUAGAAGGUGAGAAUCAAAGAAACGGCUCUGAUCCUCUGUUCCCCCUUCUCUCUCCCUCUCCCCUCCCUCUCUAAAUUGCAGUUCGUAGUUCCUUGCAAUUCUGAGGCACAAAAGUAGGUGAGACUGCUUUUGUAUCCGCGAAGUGCUUCACUCCUGAAUGUAAUUCUAGCUGAGUGCAAUCUAGGUUAAGAGCCGGACAAGCGGGUAAUUAGAGCCCGCUCGCUGCUCGAGGACCGGCCGCCCCGCCGAAGCGCGCCCCGAGUCGGCGCCCUUCUCCCAGCCGAGCCGAGCUGCGGCUGGACACGGAGCGCCCGAGAUGAUGGUGCUGGACAAGGAGGACGGCGUGCCCAUGCUCUCCGUCCAGCCCAAAGGGAAGCAGAAGGGCUGCGCAGGUUGUAACCGCAAGAUCAAAGACCGCUACCUGCUGAAGGCGCUGGACAAGUACUGGCACGAAGACUGCCUCAAGUGUGCCUGCUGUGACUGCCGCCUGGGCGAGGUGGGCUCCACCCUCUACACCAAGGCCAAUCUCAUCCUGUGCCGACGCGACUACCUGAGGCUUUUUGGCACCACGGGAAACUGCGCUGCUUGCAGCAAGCUGAUCCCAGCCUUUGAGAUGGUGAUGCGGGCCCGGGACAAUGUGUAUCACCUUGACUGCUUCGCCUGCCAGCUCUGCAACCAGAGAUUUUGUGUGGGAGACAAAUUCUUCCUGAAGAACAACAUGAUCUUGUGUCAGAUGGACUAUGAGGAGGGGCAGCUCAAUGGCACCUUUGAAUCCCAGGUUCAGUAACGCCCGGCGCCUGGUCCCCAGGCCCCUCUGCCAGCCUGCCCACCCGCCCGGCCGGCCUCGCCCCUGCCACGGUAGAGCUUCUCCAUCCUCGAUGGGAGGGACAGCCCUUCCUCCACCACUGCCGCCCGUCUGUGUGUGACCCCUCCUGGGGCCAGGCUGGGCCUGUACAGUCUGUCUUCUGUAUAUAAAUGGGAACAUUUAUUUUAUGAGAAAUGUAAUGCGAUUUUAUUACUGGCGUGGAUUAAACUUAUGAAUGUUUCCGGGGAGGUUACUGUGCAUUGUUCACAUGACU